CAAAUUUGGACCAUUACCAGAUCAAUUAUAAUCCUUGAAAGAUGGAUUAUCUACAUUCGCCUUUCGAAUUAUCGCAACCACCAGACAACAUACACUGGAGGGAAGAACGGGCACCGCUAGGGGCGCUUUGUUAUCUCCUAAACAUCAUAGGAAUUGUCGGCAACACCGUAGUCUUGUACAUAUUUCUAAAGCGCACGCCGGCCUCAAACUACAAAGUGUUCGUUAUGUCUCUAUCAGGUCUAGAUCUUUCUAUGUGUAUCAAUCACAUUAAUAAAGAAUUAAAUAGAAUGUUCAUUAUCUAUCGACAAUUUGAGGACGUGAUACAAACACAUCUUUGUGCAAUAGGUAACUACAUAGGUUACUUAGCAGGAGUCCCUGCUCUCCCUAUUGUUACUUUCAUUGCAUUUGAGAGAUAUAGAAAAAUUUGUACCCCGUUCAAGCCCCAAAUCACUAUCAAGCGUUCAAAAAUUAUGUGCAUUGUUUCCAUUUUGCUGUCUAUUCCCAUAGUGUCCCCCGUCUAUGAAAUAUACGGGGUGAGGUUUGUCAAGGUAGAUAACAUCACGGCAACAAGAUGCGAUAUUAAAAACAAGUAUGACUAUUCGGUACUACCUUUUGUAUUUCCUCUCUUCACGUUUAUAUCUGUUUCGUUCAAUAUUGUUGCUAUAUUAAUAUUUCAAAUCAAAAUACGGAAUGCUCUCGUGCAAAAAGCAAAGUCAAAAAUGAGGAUGAAAAAUUUGAAAAACACGACAACAUUAAAAGUUGUCGCGGGAAUAGCAAAUCAGGAAGAAGCGAAAAAGCCGCAACCAUCGGUCGAAGACCAGGAAGCGGCCAAGAACAGACGGAUUGCGAUAACUUUUUCCAUUGUUACCUCCAUGCUUGUGAUAAGUUUUGUAACUUUGAAUAUCUUUCAUCUGGCUCAAGGAAUUGAAAGAUACGUGUCUCCAAACAGGGAAAUCUCUAAAGUCGAAGAUGUUGUGAAUGAAUAUGUUCCGGACGCCAUUAUUCUUAAUGGAAUUCUGAAUCCAUUCGUCUACUUCUUUACUGACAACCAAUUUCGUCAAGAAGUUUUUAAACUGUGUGGUCGAAACAUAUAAUUGUGAAACAUUUCAUGUAUCAAAUGCUUGGUCGCUGAUAAUCUUAAUUAUUUAGUGUAUGAAGUUAAUUUCAAUAUCUAUAUUUGCUGUAUCAGGAGAGCGAGAUUCACUGGAACAGAAGUAGUUUUCUUGCAUAUUGUAAUGUAUAGGCUUAUCAUAAAAUAGUAUAUUGUAAAAUGUAAUUUCAACGGUCAAUAAUCUAACACUUUUUACUCCCAAAGAAAUUUUCAGUGUUCAGCUAUUAGAAAUAAAACAUCUAGAAUGUUAUCAAUUGAAUUCUUAAUCAAUAAAAAUGCUUGAUAGAAUCAUUCAUUAUUACGAGGUGUGGGAUAGUAAAAUUCCACCGAGGGACAAGAUUCAUGGUCUACGACGAGGCUAUGACAACUUUCUGUUACGACGUUCAAAUGAUUACUUUCGGUUUAUCCCUCCGCGUGCUUCAAUUAGUGGAGGUUAAAAUGAGAGCAUACAACAUUUUUUAAAAUAAAAAUAUGAUAAUUUGUAAUUAAUUAGCAAAACAAUGGAUUGGUAAUUACUUGGAUAAACUCAAUCCAUCAUUUUGCAUUUUUCUACAGCAGACGUUUGUUUACGUUUUAAAGCGGCGUAGUAAUACACAGUGUAAGGCACUGCUGUCUCACACUGGACAGACUGAUCUCACACUGUUGAUAAUGCGAGAAAUGAAUUUAUUUUUUAAUUAUUAUAGGUUUAAUCUAAUUAAACUUAAUUUGAUUAGAAUCGAAACUUAACUAGUAUUCACAUUGAGUUUCGAUUCAUGUAGAAAAUUAAAAAAAAAAUACAGUCAAAACCAAAGAUUUUCAAUUAUUUGUGGUGUUUUUGGAUCAAGGACAAGAUGUUGUCCAUGAUACUUGGGUAAUUAUUUGCGUUUUUAUCAGUGUGAGUCCUUUAUGUGCACAUCCGGUAUUGGUAUCAAGUUAAAGAAACAUUGCUUUCCACUGCAUAUCUUUUAAAAACAACUUUCUUAAAAGUUAAAUCUAGAAAUAGUUAUUUUUCCUUGCUUUUUUUGUUAAUUGGUUGAGUGUAAACCAUGUUAUACAAAAAAUAAUGAUUAAUCGUGGUUUUUAACCAAGAUGUUUUUUAUAACAAGUCAAUGAUUUCGUUUUAUGUGAUUUGAUUUAAAAAAAUUAAUAUUGUGCAAAUAGAACAAAAUGGCAGAAUUUAAGAAUAGAUCAUUUGUCUCGUUUUUGCUAUUUUAAAACUGCAUUUGCAUGUGUAUUUAAGCUAUUUUGAUUAGUCUUAAAUAAAAUAUAUAAGCAUAUUCAUAAUCUGCAUGUUAUUUUGAUACGAGUAAGUAAUACAGUUCUUUGCAUAAUGUUGAUACUUUCAAAAGAAGAAGGACCUUCUGCAUACUCAUUCACUAAAAAAACCCCAUUCUGAUGAUUCAUAGAUUUUUUUUAGAUGUUCAGGAGAUACUAUCAA